AUGAAUAAUUUGGGAUUCUCUUUUAACAUAGAAAAGAUUAUAUUUGAGCUAAAACAAAAGUUAGGUAUUUAAGUUGAUUCAAUUGUGUAGCUUCCUAACUCUAUUAUAUUGAAACAAUAUCUGCCUUUACGUUAAGAUAACUGCUUAAGAUAGUUCAAAGCUUAUUAUGUUGAGUGCAUAAAUUUCUAGCAAAGUAUUGAUAGUAGGGAUUGUGAUUAGUCUUAAAUAAUUUAAAUACUUUAGGAUAAUACUCUUGAAGUGAAGCAUUUAUUUCAAAGCUUAGAUUACGAGUAUAAAUAAUCUACUUUCCCUUUAUAGGAAAUAAAUUAAUGGAGAGUUUAAAUGUUUUAAAAAAAGAGUGGCUUAUAUAAAAUAAUAUGUUGCAUUUCAUAGAUAUUUUCAGUAGUUUAAAAGUUAUGGGAAUCCUAAAGGCAUCAAGUGAACUUGAAAUUUAAUAAUCUAUGCGUAAACAGCUAGCAAUAAAUAAUUGUUCUAAACUAACAAAAUAUAGCAAAAGUUUAGUGUGAAGAAUAGAUGAAGUUGAAAUAAUGCAUUGAUGAUUUUGCUAUGUUUAUUUGUAGUUUAUUGGAGAACUGCAUGAUUUAUCUGGAAAGAAAUGAAAUCAAUACAUUUAUUAUAAAGCAGUUAAUCCUUUUGGCUUAGUCUAUUUUAUAAAAUAAAUUGAAUAGUCUAUAGCAAAUAAAGAGAAAAUUGUAUGAAAUAAUUGUCUUAAGCUUGCUUUCUUCAACAAAACUUGAAAACAGCUAUGAAUAAGCAUUUAUUUAGUUUGAACAAUAGAAUGUAAUUUCUUUCAGCAUUUCAGCAUAGGUAGAAUUUGAUUUUUAAAAUGUAAAAAACGAAGAAAAGAUGUGUUUUCUAAAUAUUGAAUAAAACACUGAUGUGUUAUAAAACUUAUUAAUACUUGCCAAUAUUUAUUCAAGAUACUAUCGUAAUUAUUCUAAGUCUAUAGAAUUUUUAAAUAAGGCCCUAGUCCAAAAUCCUUAUGAAAUUGAAAUACUGCUUGCCUUCAUUUUGAUAUCUAUCUAAAAAAGAAGCUCAGAUUUUUAUUCUAUCAUUAGGCUCUCUUUGUUGUCAGUCAAUUACUUAAUUUAAGAUUAUUGGAAAAUUUUUUAUUACAUUUCAUGGCUAUAUGAUAGAGACUGUAAGUAUAAGAAAUGCUAAGAGUUUUUAUACAAGACCAAAAAUUUGAAUAGCUAAGACCCUUGUGUAAUUUCUUUAGACGCCAUUCUUCAUUUAUGCUUGAAGCAAAAUAAACUUGCUUUAGAGCUUAUUGACAAAGCUCUUAGUCUAAAUAAGCUGAGAUUUCCUAUAGUUUUUUUCAGGAAGGGCUAUAUUGAAGACGAUUUAAAUAGUUCAGAUUCUCAAAAAUGGUAUGAAAAGAGUUUAGAAGUCGAUCCCUUUGCUGCCGAUUUGUAUUUUAAUAUUGGAUACAAUUACUCUGAAAAGAAUGAGAUUGAAAAAUCUAUUUAUUACUAUAAUAAAUGCAUAGAAAUAGACUCGAAUUAUAUAAAUGCCUAUUUAAAUUAAGAAAAUAAUUAUAGCAGAUUGCAAAAUAGAGAGAAAUAAGAAGAAUGUCUGUUAAAAGUGAUAGAAAUAGAUCCAAAUAAUUACUAAGCUUAUCUUAAUUUAGGGGUUUGCUAUGAAUAACAGUAAAAACAUUCCUAAGCUGUAGUACACUGGAAAAAAUCUAUUUAAAUUAAUCCUAGAAAUCCUGAUGCAUAUGGUUUAAUUGCAUAUAGGGAAUACAAUAAUUGUAAUUUUUCAGCUUCCAUUUGGAACUAUAAAAAAUAUAAUUAAUUUACAAAAAACAAAGAAAAAGAGGCAUUCUUUUCACUCUCCGUUUUGUAUUAACAAAAUGAAGACAUGGAAGAAGCUGAAAUAAAUGCUCACAUUUAUUCUAAAUUGUGUUAAGAUUUAGAUGAAUAUAACAAUUUGAUAAAUAUUUUAUAUGAUGAUGUCGGAGAAAAUGGUAUGGAUGUUGAAGUAGAAGAAGUACAACAAGAAGAAGAAGUUAGUGAUACUGAUAGUGAGAGUAGCGAUGAUUCAGGAUAAGUAGUAUAAAUAGAUAAUGGUUUUAUAAAAUGA